AUGACAGAUCUCCGGCAUGAGAUCACUUCCGUCGGAUCUCCUCGAGGCGAUAGACAGCCGCCUACCAUGACGGCCUGGCAGGCAGACCUCGACUCGCUGUCGUCUCGUGGCCACGUUUUGCCUCGCCAAGCUUCCAGAAUGUCCUUCGCAUCCGAGGCAACACUUCCGGUAGCGCUGACGUCCGAGCAGACCUCGCACUCGGCCGCACCCGCAGCUCCAGAGCUCCGUGACGAGGUUCGACUGGCGGAAACACCGGCAGCCAUGACGCCGCAACCGGAUUGCGCGAACUCUGCCGAACUGGCCACAGUCGGCCGCUUGGAGGACUGUGCAGGCGGCUGUUCUGUGGCAAGACCCUUCCAAGUGCCUAAGAUUUUCACCACUGGGCCACCCUUGAAGUAUUGGAGCAGGGGUACAGACGAAGACGACGCACAAGGUAUCCUAAAUGCUAUUCCGUUUGAGCAAAGAACCACCGUACUUUCCAUUUUGACACAAAUGUCGGCCACAAGGGAUCCGUUGAUGCGAAGCUUAGAUUCGCAGGCAGUUUGGAUUGCCGAUUUGCGCGGCAAAGCCCUGCUAACACCCUACUCCAUGCGUGCUGAGCUUGCGGCUGUCACUUAG